AAGUGUUACGUGAUUGCUAACACGCGCUUUAGCUAUGUAUCACAAGAGUUAAAGAGUGGACGAUACCGAUUCCCUUAUCCACACAUCUUCUGCCUCCAAAAAUCUAAUCUUAAAACUUAGAAAUAAAAAAAUAUUGCAACAACAUUGUCUCCUCUCGUUCCUCCGUUGCUGCCACUAAUCAAAGAAGUAUCAAUGGCCUCAGCAUUCAAAAGUUUCACCUUCACAAACCUUCAUAUCCCUUCUUCCUCAAGUUACUCGACUAAGCAGAUUUCAGGGCCAAAUCAUGGAUGUUGGUUCUCUAUGAAAAAGAAUGAGAAGAGGGAAAAAGUUCUGAUGAGAGGAAGCUUGUGUGUAAGAAAGGCACUGCCACAUGAUUUGCCACUUAUGGCUGUGAUGGUUCAACAAAUAGAGGGGAUGCGUGAUAUUAUUACAGAGAAACACGUGUGGCAUCUAAGUGAUAAAGCCAUCAAGAAUGUCUAUUUGUUCUACAUCAUGUUCACUUGUUGGGGAUGUCUGUACUUCGGUUCCGCAAAAGAUCCAUUCUAUGACUCGGAGGAAUACCGUGGAGAUGGAGGUGAUGGGACAGGAUAUUGGGUCUAUGAAACUCAAGAAGACAUAGAAGAGAAGGCAAGAGCAGAGCUAUGGCGUGAAGAGCUUAUCGAAGAAAUUGAACAGAAAGUUGGUGGUUUAAGAGAGCUCGAAGAAGCUGUUAAUAAGUAGACAACUAACAUGUAAAUCAUACGUACACAAAUUAUACAUAUACUUUUUGUUUUCUGAUAACAGUCAUAACCCAGUCUUCAUUUAUAUAAUAUAAGUUAUCUGUUUAGUGUUCUGGA